CUGCGCAUGCGUGCUGGGGCCGACACGAUCGACUCCAAUUUUAGCCCCUUAGAAAACAAGUCUAAACUGCUUCCGAGCUGCAGUUUGCCCCAAAUUCCUUGGUCUCCGACAGUCUCCUUACACACACGCAGUCAUGACUUCUGGCAGACCCGUGGCGCUGGUGACCGGAGCUAACAAAGGAAUCGGAUUCGCGAUCACUCGUGACCUGUGUCGGAAAUUCUCCGGGGACGUGGUGCUCACUGCACGGGACGAGUCGCGGGGCCACACUGCGGUGCAGAAGCUGCAGGCGGAGGGCCUGAGCCCACGUUUCUAUCAGCUGGACAUCGACGACCCGCAGAGCAUCCACGCACUGCGCGACUUUCUGCUCAAGGAGUAUGGAGGACUGGACGUGCUGGUCAACAAUGCAGGCAUCGCCUUCAAGGGUUUCCCACACUCAGUUGUUAAGUAAUUGGCUUGGCAAUACUUAAGUGGACCUCUAUCUGAUACUGAAAUAAACAAGAGAUUGAGGGGAAGGAAGGAGAAGAGGGGAACUGUGUUACAUUAAGAUCCUGAUAAACAAACUUCAUCCAGCCUCCCCAAAUGGUGGUGUCUUUCAAAAACGACAGAACAUUGUCAGAUGGACAGUGAGGCAGAGCUGUAACUAAAGACAGACUGUACUUGGAGGUGGAUCUCUAAGGAUCUGGGUUAGGUCUUUACAUUUUCACUCAGCUAACCUGGUUCUCUUUC